UCAUGUUAGUGGGAAAUUUUAAUCAAGUAGACUAGUUGCGCGUGCGCCGCGUAGGAGGCGAGCGGUCCGCAAGCGGCUGGAACACCUACAGUACGAUGUGAUUUUAAAUCCACUGCACCACAUCUAAUGAUACCAAGACCAACGUAUCGCAACGCAGUUAUACAAAAUGGAAUGUUACACAUCGGAUAGCUGUGACAGUGACACCAGGGAGCAGAAAACCUUAGAUUUGUCGAGUCAAAUGUUAGAAUCACUCAGCCUAUCGUCGGAACUAAAAGGCAUUGUUGACGAGAAGGAUUGCGCAGAAAAUUACGAGAUAAUUCUCCUCUACAACAACAGGAUAAAAGCAUUGCCUGAUACUUUAAACAGGUUUAGCAACUUGAAGAUAUUGGAUGUGAGUAACAAUAGACUCACGGUGCUCCCGGAUAUCUUUAAACAUUGUCAGCUAACGUCGCUGAUAGCCAAACAUAAUCAACUCACCAAUGAAUCGCUUCCGAAGUCGUUCUUUAGUAAUAAGAGUUCGCUGCGAGAGCUCAAUUUAAGCGGAAACCAAUUGAACUUCUUUCCAGAGCAAGUUUUAGAUAUAGCAUCUCUUAGGUACCUUUACUUAGGUGGUAACAACAUAGUCAACAUACCAAAGGACAUAUGGAAACUUAACAGUUUGCAGAUUCUAUCUUUAGGAGGAAAUCAAAUUAUAGAAGUUCCUGAAUCUGUUGGACAUCUGACGGGUCUCCAAGCUUUGGUUCUAAGCGACAAUCUAAUAGAGCAGCUACCAGCGAGCAUAGCUAGAUUGAAUCAACUGCGAUCCUUAUUAAUUCACAAGAACAGAUUGAAGACUUUACCUACACAAAUAAUCAAACUAAGAUGUUUGACAGAGCUAAGUCUUCGCGACAACCCUCUGGUAGUGAGAUUCGUGAGAGAUAUGACAUUGCAACCUCCUUCGCUAUUAGAGCUGGCUGGUCGCACUAUCAAGCUACAUGAGAUACCGAUACGGGCAGGCGAAGUGCCUUUAACGUUAAUGAGGUACCUCGGAGCAGCUCAAUGUUGUGUUAAUCCGAAAUGUAAAGGUGUUUUCUUUGACAAUCGCGUGGAACACAUCAAAUUUGUCGACUUUUGUGGCAAAUACCGCAUUCCACUGCUGCAAUACCUAUGUAGCUCUAAGUGCAUCACUGGAAGCUGGGAGAGUCGUGAGGCGGAUAACAAUCCUCAUCCUCACAUGAUGCGGAAAGUUCUCUUGGGCUGACUAUAGUAACCUGAAGUGUGAUAAAAAAAAACUAUUCCACUGUAUAUUUUAUACCUAAAUAAAUGUUUUGUUAUAUUAUUGUUAUGCAGGAGUCUAAAUUCGUUUUAAUUACCUAAAGUAAAUAACUGUACCAAAAAAUAUAGACAAAAAAUAAUUGUAACUAAUUUUCAGCUUU